ACUGGUGCCUUUAACUUACAAGCAUCUCGGGGAGAGGAGGAAAAAGAAGGACUUCUCCCCCCCGGCUUAUGUGGAGGAGUAAAAGCGGCCACACAGUCGUCGCCAAGUUCGUCAAUUUGAAACUUUUACCGGCAUCUUCUCCUGGAAAGGAAAAUCUCCCGUAAAGGCAGGUUUCAUCUGCGUUUUCCGACUUGGAUUAAAUUCUGUAUGGAAACAAAUGAUAUUUGAACCCGCAGAGAGGAGUGGAGAGAGAGGAGGUGGGUGUCGGGUACAAGGCUCUGUGUUUCUGUUCUUGUUCUUUUAUGCAUGGAUCUCGGGGACAAGCCUGUUUGAUUUUGACUGAAGUGGGGAAAAAAUAGUCCCUUUUUUUGCUGUCGCUACUGCCGCUGCGUGAUCUAAAUCUCAUUCAAGUUCCACAAAGAUCUUAACGGUUUAAUCCGCAAAAAGCAAGUUCUUGAGCAACUUUAUUGUGAAAAACAGGACACUGAAACAGAAAAAAGACACAAGUAAUACUAGUAAUAUUAAAUUAUGGCGUUGAGGGCCAAAGUGUUGUACGACUUCCACUCUGAAAACCCAGGAGAGAUCUCCAUAUCAGAGAAUGAGCUGGUGACUCUGUUCAGCGAGGAGGAGCUGGAGGGCUGGUUGGAGGGGGAGAACAGUAGGGGGGAGGCUGGCCUCUUCCCUGCCUCCUAUGUGGAGAUCAUCAGGGACCACAUCACCUCCAACACCAACAACAAUGGCUUCUCCUCACCCAAAACCAAAGCCCUGCCACCCACCCAGACCUCCUUCACAUCCUCUGACUCCCAGUCUCAGAGGGGACUCGGGGCAGGCAGUGGUGGCAGUGGCGGAGGCAGCUUCCACACCAGUCAGGGCAGCGACGAUGACUGGGACGAUGACUGGGACGACAGCUCUCCUGCCACCGACGUGCCUCAGGGUCUUGGCGGCACGCCCCCACUGUACCCGGUGACCACCUCCCUGCCCGCGAGGCGUGGGAGCUCCCAGCAGCACCAGCAGCAGGCCAAGAGCUCGGCCACGGUAGGGAGGAACCUCAACAGGUUCUCCACCUUUGUCAAGUCUGGAGGGGAGGCCUUCCUGCUCGGGGAGGCCUCUGCUUUUGUGAAAGACGGGGACAGGAUCUGUGUGGUGAUGGGGAAGCACGGGCCAGAGUGGCAGGAGGACCCGUACCCAUUCACAUGCACCAUCGAUGACCCCACCAAGCAGACAAAGUUCAAAGGCAUGAAGAGCUACAUGUCCUAUGGCCUGACCCCGACGCACACAAAUGUACAAGUCAACCGCAGGUACAAACACUUCGACUGGCUGUACGCUCGCCUCGUGGAGCGUUUCCCCGUCAUCUCCGUGCCCCACCUGCCGGAGAAGCAGGCCACCGGGCGCUUCGAGGAGGACUUUAUCUCUAAGAGGAGGAAGGGUCUGAUCUGGUGGAUGAACCACAUGACCAGCCACCCCGUGUUGGCGCGCUGUGACGUCUUCCAGCACUUCCUAACAUGCGGGGCGGACGAGAAGGCCUGGAAGCAGGGCAAGAGGAAGGCGGAGAGGGACGAGCUGGUCGGUGCCAAUUUCUUCCUCACAAUCAGUACGCCUGAUGUCCCUCUGGACCUCCAGGAGGUCGAGAGCAAAAUCGAAGGCUUCAAGACCUUCACCAAGAGGAUGGAUGAGAACAUCGUCAUUGUGAACACCACCAUCAACGAGUUCGCCCGCAAGCAGAUGGCAGGGUUCAAGAAGGAGUAUCAGAAAGUGGGACAGUCCUUCAAACUCCUGGGGCAGGCAUUCGAGCUGGACCAGCAGGCCUACUCUGCGGGCCUGAACAAGGCCAUCGCCUACACUGGCGAGGCCUACGAGGCGAUAGGGGAGUAUUUCGCUGAGCAGCCGCGCCAGGACCUGGAUCCCAUUUCUGACCUGCUGGACCUCUACAGAGGACACUUGGCCAACUUUCCUGACAUCAUCCAUGUACAAAAAGGUGCACUGACCAAGGUGAAAGACUGUCCAAAGCAGGAAGGUGAGCUCCAUGACCGCUGCAACAUUAUUUCCUGCGCCACGCUGGCGGAGAUCCAGCACUUCCACCGCACACGCGUACGGGACUUCCGCUCGCAGAUGCAGCAUCAUCUCCGUCAGCAGAUCGGCUUCUUCCAGAAGAUCACGGCCAAGCUGGAGGACGCGCUUCAGAGAUACGACGACGAGUAGUAGGGAGAGAGGGAGAAGUUGGACUACAAAGGCCUUCAGGAAGUCGGGGGAGGCCUGAAGAGGGAAGCAGACAGGGGUGAUUGAUGGGUUUGUCCUCUAGUAAUGGAGAACACCUUACCAUCCUGCAAGAGAGAAAACCUUGGAGACUUGUGUUCUGAUGGAUAUUGGGCCUGGUACAAGUGCUGGAAGAAAUAUACCACUCUGUAGAAAAAUAUAGGCCAUUGGACUGUGGAAUGACAACUUCUUGUAUUAUCUGGACAGCUCUGAUGAAUGUACCAGUAACAGGGAUUUUGCUGACACUCCAGGCACAUCUUGCAACUCAGCGGGACUGCGCAGAUAUUAAAAACAGCUGCUCUCAUUACGAGGGAACUGCACUCCUCUCUCAGUUUGAGGGUCAUGUGAUCUCUCCAUGCCUCCACUGCCUCACCACUUCAUGGAAACCCUCCAUCGGGGAACACGGUAACCCAAUACAAAUAUAAGUAAAUCACUUAAACUGGAUCUUUUAAAGAUUUAAAGACUGGACUGAAUGAAUUUAAUUUGUUAUAAUCUCUACAGUAUACGUCAUUGUUUUUACUUGAAUUACCUGCUCAGUAUUGUUUUGAUGGGACAUAACAGUAUGCAAGUGAUUGUUUGUGAAUAUGGGAAGAGGCAAAAUGGGCAUACUCUACUCCGUUGAUUCAGUUUAGUAGUUGGAUUUUUAUUACAGCUUGAAAUUUGAACUACUUCUGAUGUCUAACAUCUCUCACACAACUCAAAUGCUGCCACAUCUUUGCUACAUUAUAAUUUGAACCCCAGGGUUAUUCUACAUUUUACUUUGGAAAACAAAAACUUUGUGCCUUGCCUGACCUAAAACAAUAGUGGAUUGAGCUCGGACUGGUUUUAUUUUUCUGACUGACUGUCCGCUUGUUUUCAGAAGAAGCCCUACAGUUCUUUUUUCUUUGGGAUGUUUUACUGAAAACAUCUGUCUUUCUGCUUUCCCUCACUCCAGGGAGGUCAGAGGUCAGGCUCAGGGUACAGAUACUUCAGUGCUUUCUGGCAUUGGAGCCUUUGAACCCAGAUCUUCUAGUUUAAAGCCACUGUGUGUUGAUUAUAGUAUUCUACAUUCUUAUUUACUUGAGGACAUUCUUUUUUCUUUAACAAAAAUUAGACAAUCAUGGUGAAAACUGGUGCAGUUACUGUCUUGCUUUUAGCUCAUUCAUGUCAGUGUCACUGAGGUGGAUUGGGGGCAGAUAUUGCUCUAUAGUGUACCAGUGUCUUUUUUUGAUACUCCCACCAGGGGGCGCCAAAGUCAGAAAUUUUUUUGUCUGUACAUAGUGGCUUUAAGGUUGGUUUCCCUUCACUAUAUGCAAGCCUGCUACUUCAGAACAUUCUUUUAAACCAAUCAGUAACCAAAAUAAGCUCACAGUUUGCCGUGAGUCACCAGCUGAUUACAGCAUUUUUGUUGUCAAAAGAUACCAUUGUUGGGUUUGCAAAAUUUCAGCAACCAGGCCUUUUCAGUAAAAGGUGAUAUUCUCAAAACUUUCAACAGACAAUAUCCUGUAUUGAUUUAAUGAGCCUCACUCAUAGAGCAGCUCCUUAAUAUGAUCAGCAGGAGAGUUUGAAGAUGAGCAUGUAUCAAACAGCCAGAGGGAAGUUCAUGAUCUGGUAAAUUUAACCGAUAUGCUCCCAAAAGAAAUAGGAAAAAUGAAGCAUUGACAACUGAGAUAAUCAACUGAAUGCAUUACAAUGGUUUUUACACUGUAACAGUUACAGUAUCUAGUGCUGUCAGUUUUAUGCUCAUGUAGUAUUUCUGGUAAAUGUUUUGAUUUAAGGUGUAACUUGACAUUCCUCUCCUGGGAGUUUACUUCAGAGGUUUAUAAUAGGGUGAACCACCAGCCUGGAUGUUGUUCUCAACAGCUUUCUCUGUUUGUUUGUUUUCAGAAACACAUAAUUUACUAUGAUGAAAAUGUCUCUUAACACUUUUAAUGUAACAUGGUGGGACAACAUUUCAGUAAAUACAUGAAAGUAGAAUGUGUUUCAGUCAUUUAUUUCCACACAAGCUUAUUGUUGACUGUUUUCCUAAAAUAUAACUUAUAGUUUCACUUUACCAGUUUUGUGUCGUUCAUUUAAUAGUAAUAUUUUCUUAUAUUCAUUUUCUCACUUGUUAAAAAGUCUGGGGUGCCAUUCCUCUGGCUUUUCUCAAAAUAUGUAAAAAUUAUUAUUUAAAUAUGACAUAUAUUUAGUGAAGUUUGGCAAGUGUAAAAAAAAUAAAUUGUAUUCUGUG